AACCUGUCUCAGUUGAGGAAUCUUCAGAAGAUGUUCAGAGUAGAAAAGGAUCUUCAGUGACACAAAAGACACUUAUUCCCAUGAAACCUAAGGAUUUGGAGUGUCUGGUACAGGAAGAGAUGUCCAAGCCAUGUGAGUCAUAUAAAGUAAUUCAUUCGCAUGACCAUCAAACUCUGGAUACGCUUGGGAACAUGGACUCCCUAGACCCCUCACCCUCAUCUGUACAACUCCAGAGGUUGAAAACAGAUGCAGAACAUUGUGGCCUUCUAAAUGGAUCCCAGGAUCUUCACCCAAAGGAACCAGCACAUGGUGAGACAUUGAAGGGAGUCAAACAGGAUGACUUCCCAAUUAUUGACCCUUCUGAGGAACACAGUAAGAUCAAAGUUGACCUGCCCUUGGAAAAACCUCUGGGGAAAUCAAAGUCUUUUGACUUAGGGGAGCUUCAAAUUUCGAAGACUCAGGAACCACUGAAGAAAGGAUCUUCUCAAACUCAAACAACCGAAGUCUUGAAGAUUCGGGAAGACCUUCCAAAGAAAAACCAGAAAAAGAUAGAUUCACAGACCAUUUCAUCUCAAGAAAAGGGUCACCAGGACACCCCACAACUACUGCAGUCCCAUGAAUCGGCUUCUAAAAGCCCUUCCAUUCUCCAGAAUUCAUCGACGCAAACAUCAGUACUUCCUGAGAUGGACCCAUGUUCCUUGCAGAGCCAGGAACUCAGAGAAAUGAUUCAGCCCCAGAGCUCCAAACUCCAAAGAACCACAAACUCCAAGAUGCUACAGGGACACCAUCAAGCAGAGAACUGUGAACUUGGAGUAGAAGAUAGUCACCCUGAAAUGCGAGGAAACCUGCAAAGAUCUCCUCAGUCUUUCCUUGUCCAAGAUAUCUUAUACCCUCUGGCAGAUACGUUCAGGAAAUCAAAAUCUUUGGAAUUGCCCAAAGGAAACAUUGGCCUGCUUCAGGGGUUGAAAAGACCAGACAUUUCCCGAUCUCAAGAAAAUGUGAAGGAAUGUCCUCAGAUCCUUGAUGACCAAACAUCAUCAUGGGAGAUGAAUAUGUCUUCACAGGAGAAAAAGAGUAGAUGUCCUACACAAAAGGAACUGAAGGACUCACAAUCUCAGGAAGAACUUGGCCAAAAUAAGCCAACUAUUUUAAAUCCUGAGGAUGAUCAUACCCAGAAGCUCCAAAGACAGGAAAGAAUGGAAGUUCUUCCUUCUCCAGGAGUUCCUCAGGAAUGUGUUUUUCUCCAGAUCCAGGGGAACCUGCAAAGCCAUCCAGAGUAUUUUGGAUGCGAAGAUUUAAACCAUCCAGAUGUUCUUCAACCUGAAAAACACUCAGCAAUACCAGAAACUCUUGAAUUUGAGAAACAUGGGGAAUCCAUAACUCAGUUGUCCUUAGUGUCUACAGAGAAAGGAGCUCUAUCAGUCUGGUGGCCCCUGGGAAAAUCGAAGUCUCUUGACUUUAGAGAACAUCAAGUCCCCUCUCUAAAGUCACUUCUGGGGGAGUUGGAUUGUUCUAAAACCCAGAAGAUGCCUUCAGCCAAUCUGUCUCAACCACAAAGAAAUCUCCAGGAUGAACAACGGAAAUGCAGGACUCCGCUGGUCUUCUCCAAAACCCAACCACUUGAGGACCUUAGUUCAAAAGAUAAGAUUGGCCAACAGGAAGAAAACCAUUGUGCCAACCAGAAAACGGAGCACAUGGAGCUGGAAGCUGAAAAGUCCCAAGAGCUACUGACGCAUGAGAGAGAAAUCAUGGCUUUCCAGAAACUGGAGGAUAUCCAGAUGUUCUGUUCCAAGGAAUACAGAGAAUUGGAAGCUCCUCAACUUCAGGUUAAUUCCCAGAGCUUGAAGGAGCCUCUUUGUACCGAUCAGGGUGUGCAGACAGAAUCCAAAUCUCAAGGACUAAGAAAGCCACUUAAUCACCAGGUUGAAAGAAAUCUACAAAGUCCUCCUAGCCUCAGGAACCUGCUGAGGAAGUCCAAGACAUUUGGCUAUGAGGAACCAACAAGUAGAGUUGAUCCUCACAUCCAGAAUGUCCAAAGGGAAGAAGAACCUGCAGAAAGGCACAGCUUGCAUGUCGAGAAGCAGUUGCUGCAGAGAUUUGAGGGACCAAAGUCACAAAUAAUCCAGGAGAUAAUUAAACCUGAAGUUCUUCAACAUCGGGAGAUAGCAAACGUUGAAAGCAUUGGGGAAUCUAGAGGACAACCCAACUGCCCAAAGGAAGCUCACAAAAUAGAGAUGGGGUCCAUAAAAUCCAAGAUAUCUCUACAUGCAAACCAGGAACCUCCUCAACAACAAGAAGAUACACAACACAUAGUUCCACAGGACAGUGUACCCCACGUUGUUCCACCUUGUGACAUUCCACAAUUUGGUAUUAAAUUUCUCCAGGAGCUGGGGAGGUUGCAUAAUGAAUUAAGUACCCUCAGACCAUCCCAGGAAGUAAAGGAUGGGAAGGCCAUUUGUCCCCAAAGUGCUAAAGUUUCCAGUCAACCACAGCAGCAAAUACCAGCUGAACCCCAAAUAAAUACAGGUUCUCAGGUUCUCCAGCACCAGAAAUGGAGCACAGCAACAUCUCCGCAGCCACCACCAUCAUCACCAGGAGAUUUCUCUGAACCUUCUAAGAUGCAGCCGCCGUCUCUUCAAUCUCCCCAAAGCCAAGGACCUGACCAGAUGCCAAGAGUAAAAAGGGAGUUGGCGAGGAACAUGGGGUCACCAAUGCAGAAGGCACCACAGAUGGUCCAAUGGCAAGAAGACUUGUCAAAAAAAUCAAUUGUGGUGUCUGGGAUGACAGAUCCUCCUUUCCUUCAGUCACUGGAAAAUGUGGAAGCAAAGAUCUUGGAUCUCCAGGAGCCCCUUAAUCUUGAAGGGAAAGUGAGAGAGAAAGAGCCAACGGUCAGAGAGUUACGAAAGGAUCAUCCCUCAAAUAUGAAAGAACUUUUAAUGGCAAAAUCAAAAUCCCUUGCACCUCAGUCAUUAUCAAGGACUCGGGAGUUCCAGCAUGAGAGAACAAAAACAGUAAAAGGUCUACCUUCCUUGGAUAAAGAGAUGGCCACUAAACGUAGACCUAUUUCCCAAGGACCAUUAAACAUCCAAGCAGAAGCCAUUUCUUCCCAAAACCAGAAAUUUCCCACAAAACAGGAAAACCAGAGCAUUCUUUUACCUCAGAAUCAGAAGGAAGCAAUGACCCAACAAGUAGGCCAACAUUUUCAGGAGAAGCAUAAGAGGUUGAAGCUCCAAGAAGGAAGGAACCUAAAAUCAUGGAAGGGCCAGGAACUGGAGUCUCUUCAGCUUCAAUGGAUGGAGGAGAACCAAGCUUUUCAGGAAUGGAGAAAGGCAGGAACUCUUCUGGCUGAAGGAACUCAACCAAGGAAUCGUUCAACCCGUGAGAAGGGCCUACUGAACCUGGGAGAUCUUGAGCCUGAAGAUGAGAGCAGAAGACUGGAGAGACUCUGGGAGCAGAAGACCACAGAGACCACAGCUAUGACUUUGCUCUCUCCCUCCAGCCCUGGAAAGCCCAGCGAGAUGAUAUGGGAGCCCAGCUCGCUCAACAUGGACAUUUCCAGAGAGACCUCUUUUGAUGCGGCCCAGCCUUCUUCACCAUCUUGGGAGAUCAAUGUCCACAUAAGGGUUACCUGUCCUGGGGACUCUCCAUCCUUGGAGAAGUCAACUGAUCAACCCCAGCCAGGUGAACCCAACCAAAAGGCCAUCAGCAGCUUUCCUGGGGAAGGAGUGGAUGGACAGCCCCUGCUCCCCCCUCGGCCGCCCAGCCGGGAGAAGGCCUUCCUCUGGCUCUCCCCACAGGACAAAAAGGAAGCUCUGCAGCGACUGGCAGAAACCCAGGCGGAGGGCGAACGCCGGCACCAGCGGGAUAAGGAGCGGCAAGCUCUCCGGUUCCAGGAACGGCUCUCUAUAGCCAAACGCCGGAGGUCCACGCAGGAUCUUCUGGGAGAUGGUCCAGGAGACCGAGGGCCCUGGGCAUCAGCAAUCUCUGAAGGCCAGGAUGAAGCUGGGCAGAAAAUGGCCGUGAAGACCCAUCUGGAGAAGAUCAAGAGAGAACGGACCAACAUCAUGCAGUCCAAGAGAGAGAGGAACACCCUGAAGUUCAAGGAGCUCCUGGACCCACUGGUGGUCCCCAGGGAGGAGAAGCCUACGCCGAGACAAGCAGAGGAGCUUCAGCAGAGGGGAAACCUCUGUCCUUCUGGAUCCCCUGGAGACCGAGUGAAGUUGGAGGCUCUUUCUCACAUCACCCGUAUGAUUCCCAAAGAAGAAUAAGUGUGGGGAGGAGGAAUGGUGGUGGAGGAGGUAGAGUGAAGAUGGUGAUGGUGGAGGAGGAGGGGAAGAAAAGGAGAACAAGAGAAGGGAGGAGGAGGAGGAGGAGGA